UGCAGAGGCUGCGCCGCAGCCCCGGGCAGCAGAGCACGCUGCAGGAGCACCAUUAAGCUGAGGAGAAGGGUGAUCGCACUUUGCAGCGCUGUUCCCGCCAGCCCAGUGCAAUCCUUGGCCUCACGUGCCAGGCCCGCGGAGCAGGGCGGGGAGCAACCCCACGUGCCAGGUCUGCAGCGCCCUGCAGUGCGGCGGGGCACGGGAUGCUGCCGCUGCCGCAGAGCGGGCUUGGCUGGGGGUGCCCGGAGACCAUGGCUCUGAGGAAGGCAGCGCGACCGCGCUCUGCAUCCGGAAAGCUGGAAACAUUCCCCCGCGGCAGCAUUUUGAAUGAGCUACGGGAGUCGAUGGCCGAAACCGAGGCUUCAUUUCGACGUGCCCGGACUUUGCUAGGAGGCCCCAGAUUGCAAGCUGCCUCUCCAGUUUCCCUCAGGAGCUUUUCAGAAGAAGCACAAGAAGAAAGCUCUUGGCUUCCAGAAUGGCUGGUGAAAGAGUUACUGAAAGGGCAGCAGAGGAGUCACUCAAUAGGACUUCUGGAGAAUAUAUUGGAGCGUGAAAGUUUUCGGCAUCACAUUGACUCUGCCAAGAGUCUGAGGAAAGGAAAGAUUGAACAACAAGUGACCCUUGAACAACUUCAGAAACUAAAUACAGCUUUUCAGGAGUUAGAAAAGAAUGGAUGUAAAUCACUAGAUAUGGAGAAAUUCAAGCAGGUAGUGAAGAACUGUAUGGCACCACAUAGAACAAGUGAUGAACAAAUAGAAAAACUUUUCAUGAAAAUAGACUGUGCUGCAACGGGAAGAAUUCAGUGGGAUGAGUUCUGCACAUACAUGCAGCUAGAAUAUGCAGAACAAGACGUGUCAUCUGCCCGAUUAAAGGAGCUGACAUUCUCGCUUCCUGCUGUGAUAGUAGAACGCUCUCCUGGAGAGCCUGUCCUGCGCAUUUGUUCUCUGUUUGACAACACCUUAGUAAUGACUCAAGAAGAUGGAGUUAUUUCCUUCUGGUCUCCACAACUAAAGCUGAAACGAAGCAAGAUGGUUUUUGAAAAAUCUGUCAACAAAAAAUCUAAGUGGGCGACAGAUUUCACUGUUAUGACACAUUACAACAAACUCAUCCUGGGAACUGGGGAUCGUGAAAUCCAGUUGUAUGAGAUGUCCAACUUCGAACCAUACUGCCAGAUCAGUGGUUUGGAAGCAAUCCCUUUAAAACUUGACUAUUGUUGCACUGAUCCUGAUGAGUGCAUGAUUCUGUAUGGUGAUGACCAGGGGUGUGUGAAUAUCUUGCUUUUGUCUUCUGUGGGGGAGCUCCUACGAACGUGGAAGAAACUGCCAAAAGCUGAAAACCUGCCUAGUGUUAGCAUUGAGAAUGCUGUUCUUUCUCCAAAUGUGACUUACAUUCGUUGGAAAGUGCAUGGAGACUGGGUUACACAGCUGCACUACUAUGAUUCCAUUAAAGCAGUGAUUUCUACCUCCAACCAUGAACCUACAGCUUUAGUAAUAGGGUGUACUGUUGGCGCUACUAAUGUUGAGCAGCAGAUGAAAAAAAUAAAGGACCGUGGGAAAGAUUCAAAAGCAAGAAAAGGGCAGGUGAUACCUAGAAUCCCUCCAAAGAGAGCUGAGGGAGAUCAGACUGUGUUUCAAGUCUACAAAGGAGUAAAAACAUUUGCAUUCUGUAAAAAAAACAACCUCAUAGUGACAGGCGGAAUGGAUCGAAUCAUUCGGAUGUGGAACCCUUACAUGUCUGGCCGACCAACAGGCAUGCUCAGAAGCCACACAGCGCCAGUCUGUUACCUCUCCAUAGCUGCAGAAGAUGCGAAAAUAUUUUCCAUAUCCACAGACAACACUAUUAAGAUCUGGGAUACUGUGGACCAGACCUGUUUAUUUACAGCCUGUUCAAAAACCAGUGGAAUUAAGGGAGAGCUCACUGCUUGCCACUACAUCCCAGGCAUCAGAUUGCUUUGUGUUGCUGCGGAUACACUUGCUCUUCUUCAUCUAAGAUUAAGGCCUCCUCCAGAGCCCCACUUGAUCGUGUCUCAUAAGGAGCCCGUUCUGUGCUGCAAAUACAACAAAGAGUUCAGGCACGUGGUGAGCUGCUCAGAGGGAUCUGUGGUUAAAGUGUGGGAUUUUGAAACAGGAAAGCAUUUAUUUGAGUUUAGUGGUGCUCAUGGAGGUGCUGCAAUCACCUGUUUGACCUUUGAUGUCAGUGGAAGAAGGUUAAUUACAGGAGGAAGAGAUGGAUGCUUGAAAAUAUGGAAUUACAACAAUGGACAUUGUUUGAAUACUUUGAAAAGGGAAGACAAAUGUGCUGAAGUCUGUGACUGCACCUACGUGGAGGUGAACAGAAGCAGGUAUAUCAUAGCUGUUGGAUGGGAUAGAAGAAUAAACAUGUAUUUUGACUCUGCAGACGACCUUCAUCACUUUCAGAAACCUCAGCCCUAUUGGCAUGAUGACAUAAGCUGUGGCCACAAGGAGGAUAUUCUGUGUAUUUCUCAGUGUCCACCUACUCUUCUUGCCACCUCCAGUUAUGAUGGUGAAAUUAUUGUUUGGAAUAUGAUCUCAGGACACCUAUACCGCAAACUUCACACGUCUUUUCCCACUCACUGUGCUGGCAUAGAAGCUGUAGACACAAGUAUUACUCAACUCGUAUUUCUGAGGACUCGCGCAGUGAAAUUUGAAUCAGCAGCAGCCUCUCUUAUUUCCAAUGGGCCUCAAGGUUCUGUCAACUUCUGGAGUCCGUUCAGUGGAAUCCCACUUACAGCAAGCUUCAUACCUUCUAGAGUGAAAUCCCACAUCAGCAGUAUUGCCGUCACUGCAGACGAUUCAUUUAUUUAUGCAGCAGAUGAUGAUGGAUACGUGUAUGUCUACAGCAUCAAGGACUAUGCCCUUCAGGACCCGGAGAGAGAACCACCAAAAUAUGUGAAUCAUUGGAGAGCUCAUGUAAAUAUAGUUGUAUCAGUAGAGGUGGUUGAUGAAGAAAAAGUCCUGCUCUCCUCUUCUAUUGAUUGUACUGUUCGUCUGUGGAGUCUGGGUGGAGAGUACAUUGGGACUUUUGGGCAGGCAGAACCAUGGGAAAUUUUCACACCUGCCUCCUGGAAACAUCCCAGGGUUCCCUAUGAAAUCUUGAUGAACCCACAAAGCAUGCCAAUUCACCCCAUGCUAGAAGGAGAAUCACCUGUCUUACAACCCAUAAACACAGAGCCAAGUAAUGUAACUCUGGAAAACUCCUUAUCUAAGCAUGAAGUGAGCUAUAAUCCCAAACUUCCUCAAGUCACCAUUCCUGACCUGGAUAUCAAAGAGGAAAUCAACCAGCGGUCUUAUGCACAAGCUUUGAGUAAAAGAUUGAAGCAGGAGCAUUACAAGAAGAUAAAUAGACCACUUGCGUCUGGGGGACAGAGUACAUAUCACCUAAUCAACAGCUGCGAAGUUGUCAUUGCUCCACCAAUAUGUAAAAAGCCUGACUUGUCUGUUCUUGGUACAGACUACUUUUAUGAAGAAUCGUUAGGGGAAGAGUAGAGCAAUAAUUCUGGAGGUAAACUGAGCAUAGGACCAUCUGUCCCUUCAGUGGUAGAAAAGCAGUUAUUUUUGUUUCUGGUGUAAUUUUUCUUCUAUUGUUUUGACAGAAAUACACUUAAAAUAUGGUGAAGUGGGUUCUAGCCCACGAAAGCUAAUGCCCAAAUAAAUUUGUUAGUCUCUAA